AUGCCACACUUCGCGACUCGUCGAGUAGUGGAAACAAUGCCGUCCGGAACGUGGAAUGACUUCACCGAUCUCCCAGCGGAAUACGCGUCUCAGAUAGCUGCGGUCCAUCAGUUGCCACGAUGUUAUCACUCAAUGAAUUUUGUAUAUUUCGCAACAACUAUGGACGACAUGUUGAUAGCCUUUUGUCUGGUAGCGACGGUUAUCAAUUUUCUUGUUGUCUCGUGUUCAUUCAAGUUAUUUAUGAAGAAGGGAGACACUCUGCAUUUGUUUAUCCUAAACAUGACUCUCGGCGAUUCCAUACUAACACUAUUUUGCCACCCUUAUGAGCUACUUGCAAGAAGAUAUUCAGGCAUUCAAGUACAUUCGCUGACUGUGUUGUUGAAUUUUGCAAAUUGGGUUGGACUUGCAGUUUCUGGAUUGUCUCUAACACUUCUAAAUGUAGACAAGCUAAUAUUUUUUUGCUGGCCGUUCAAAUAUGACAUUUGGAUGUCUUAUUUUAGAGCCAAAAUGUUCUGCUAUGCAACUUGGGCCAUUUCAAUUGGAUUUGCCACAUAUUAUUGGAUGUAUAGCUACAUAUACUUUAUUAAUACGAAGCUAAAUAUGAAGCAGCGUUUCGAAAUUCAAUUCAUUUUCCUUUCUGUUUUUGUAAAUGAAGGACAGCUCUCUCCUAUCAACAGAUUUUUCUAUGAAGCGUUUACUAUAAUCUUCUGUGUCAUCCCAAUAGUAUCUUCUCUUAUGGUAUCUUGUUAUCUAUACAAUUUGACCAUGACUAAAAGAAAAUUGGAUAUCCGAUCAACGAAUGCUAUAAAAUCCGAGAAGAAGGCAACAUCAUUCGCCUUCAUUUUUGCAACAACACUGUGGACAUCCUGCAGUUUGUUGCCUUACAGAGUGGCUAAUCUUGCUAGAAUUCAUGUUAUAACGUAA